AGGGAAGAAAGAGAGAAAGAAAGAAAAGAGGGGAAAAUCCCACCCACCCUCAUCUGCUGCGGAAUAAAAGAAAUAUCGGCGGGCGCGGCGCCAUGUGAGCGGUGGGCCGGGGCCGGGACCGGGCGGAGCAGCCGGCCGUGCCCCCCGGGACGGCGGGGCGAGCCCCGGGAGGCGCUCGGAGCCGGCGGCAUGGUGGAAAACCCCAGCCUGGCGGCCAAACCCGCCCUGGUGAGGGACGGAGCGGCCGGAGGGGCCCCGGCGACGCGGGGGUGCAUGGCGGGAGCGGGGUAGGGACACCCGCGUUGGCCAGGGAGCGGGAUCGGGGUUCCCGGUGGGAGUGGGAGGGGCGUCCCGAGAAGACAGGGCGCCGGUGAGACCUUCCGGCGGGAUCGGGACACGGUCCCCGGCAGGGACGGGGAGGUGGAGGGCUCGGUAGGAGAGGGUUCCCCGUCGGGGAGGAUGUCUCCGUUGGGACCGGGGAGGAAAGGGGUCCUCAGCAGUACGCGGUUCCCAUGGGGAACGUGGGGCGCGAGUUCCACCAAGACAGGGGUCCCCAGCGGGAUGGAGGAAGGAGGCUCCUCGAGUCGGACCCGUGUCCGGUAGGAGCGGGGACGGCGUCCUCCGGAGGAGCCGGGAUGUGGUACAGGAGGGCCGGGUCCCCCCCCGGGGCAGGGUGCUGGGUGGUCCCGGCGGGGGACGAAGCAGCUCCGGCGGCGAGAGCCGUGCCCGGCACGCCGACGGUUCCGCGGGCAACUUUUGGGCAAGGCCCCCGGGAGCGGCGGGGAGAGCGGGUGGCGUGGGGGAUGCUUCCUCCCGUCCCUCCUCCUCCGGCUCCGGCGGCAGCGCUGAGGCCCUGUGCCCGCAGCCGGCCGCCCCGCCGCGGGGGCCGGGGGCGGCGGGGGGGCUGCGCUUGGCGGCGGUGAUGGAGAGCCUGCAGCGGCAGCAGGCGGCCCGCCUGGCCCGCGGCCCCGACGGCGUUCCCCGACGGCUCCCGCUGGAGCCCGGCCCCGGCCCCGGGCCGCCGCCCCCCGCUCCCCGCCGCCGCCCGGCCUCUGGCCCGCGCCCGCCGCUCGCCGCUGCGGGGGAGGAGGAGGAGGACGAGGAGGAGGAAGAGGAAGAGGAGGAAGAAGGGGAGCCCCGCGACCCACCACCACCACAGCACCACGAGUGGACCUAUGAGGAGCAGUUCAAGCAGCUGUAUGAACUGGAUGACGACCCAAAACGCAAGGAGUUCCUGGAUGACCUCUUUGGCUUCAUGCAGAAGAGAGGAACACCAGUGAACCGCAUCCCUAUCAUGGCCAAGCAAGUGCUGGACUUGUAUACACUGUACCAGCUGGUGACAGACAAGGGUGGCCUGGUCGAAGUCAUCAACAAGAAGAUCUGGCGGGAGAUCACCAAGGGCCUCAACCUACCUACCUCCAUCACCAGCGCUGCCUUCACCCUCCGCACACAAUACAUGAAGUACCUGUAUCCCUACGAAUGUGAGAAGCGGGCGCUCAGCUCUCCCGGAGAGCUCCAAGCUGCUAUCGACAGCAACCGUCGGGAGGGACGGAGGCAGACUUUUGGCACAGCACUCUUCAACUACUCGCCAGCCAGCACCCCAACCCUGCUGGGCACCCCCAAAAUGCCUCUGCCAGCUCUUAGCAUCUCCACACACAGCUGUGGCCAGCUCAGCCAAGUGCACAGUGUUAAGAAAGAGGAUGGAAUGCUGGCAGCAUCAGUGCCUGGGCGCAUCACUAUCCCUGUGGGACUGGCUGGCCAGCAUCUCACAGCAGCCCAAGCAGCAGCUGCCUCACAGGCAGUGGUGCUGGAGCAGCUGCGGGAAAAGCUGGAGACAGGGGAGCCCCCAGAGAAGAAGGUGGCCCUGACAGCGGAGGAGCAGCAGCGGCUGGUGCAACAUGCACUUCAGCACAACCUCCUGGCCAUGGCCUCCCAGUUCCCCAUGAACAUCAAGAUCUCCAACCGAGAUGACAGACAGGAGACCGCAUUGAACCUGUCCACCAACAGCAUUAGCAGUAUCAACAUGUCAAUAGAAAUAAAUGGAGUUGUCUACACAGGUGUCCUGUUUGCCCGCCGGCCCUCAGCCACCCUGGCACCUGGUGGAGGGAGCACCCAAACCCGUCCAAACCCCAUGCCUGCCCCAAACCCCCUGCUCCCAACCUCCUCUCAAAGCCACACUCCCACUAGCUCCUCUCCGUAAGGCAGAUGUGCCCCCACCCUGAAAGCAGCUGGGGGUGCCCACAGUCUGGGGUCUGAACUGUGGGACCCACUGGACCACCAGGGUGGGAUGGGGGACCCAAAGGUGCCUCUUGCUGCAAUACUGAGCUGUGGCCAUGCAAGGCUGUGAACACCCAUGUGGACCCUUUUAUCCCUUAUCCCCACAUGUGCCAUCUGACAGACACACACACACACACACACAAGUUUCUUCCCAAGUCACCACCCCCAGGUGACCCUCCCAUACAUCUCCUGCUGCCCUGAUGCCUGGGGGACCCCCGGGACCUGCAUGCUGCAUCCCCUACAUCCUGCAGCCCCUACCCCACCUCAGUGCACACACUGCUGCCCCUGUACACGCCUCAAUGCAUUCACUGUAUUCCCUGCACACGCCCUUGGUGCCCACUUUACCUCUCCAUACACACCCUCCGUGCAGGCAUGAUAUGCUGCAGCCCCUGUAAAUUGUAGCCCCUAUACUCUGCAGCCCCGAUAUAUAUACUGCACCCCCUACCCACUGCAGACGCCCCUACCCAGUCCUCCUGUGCUGCCUGGGCUUGCUGUCCCUGCCCUGAGACACCCACAGGGUGGUGGCAUCUGAGCCCCCCAGGUCCUCAGCUCAGGGGGAUCACCCUGGGGGGGGGGGCAAAUAAUGGGGAUAUUGGUGGGAAUG